AUGGCUCGCGCCGAGGACGGCACCAUCUACGCGCGCAAGGGCAGGGAGGGCAUCGCCAUUGCCAAGACGAACCAGGCCAUCCUCAUCGGCCACCACGGCGAGGCCGCCGUCGCUGGCAACGCGAGCGCGGCGGUGCAGAAGCUAGCUGACUACCUCAUCGGCCUCAGCUACUAA